UGUCCUAAACAUGACAUGAACGUGCGUGAGUUCCAGUCCACGUGAAAAAAUAAACAAUCUUGAAGCGCCUGAGUCGCUCAUUGUCGGCGGAAAAUGUUAUGGAAGGGUUUUAGCAAAGAACAGCAGUAGUUGCAUGAAAUAGACUGCUGCCACAUCUUGAGCUGUCUUCGCCGGCAGAAUGAGUUUAAAAAACGAGCUUGGACGCAUGCAAUAGCGGACACUGUGCAAACAGCUGUAAACGCGCAGUUUUGUUUUGCAUUUUGCAUUCACCAGAUGGGCCUCGUAGUGGCGUCGUCUCCCUCCUAGCUGCCAAUUUUAAUUUUUGCGCCGCCAAAUACCCCCAGACUCGCACGCGUGCAUAAUUGCACGCAGAAAGCGACAAGUCUGAGACAGCUUCGGAGCAGCUUUACUAGCUCGAGCAUGAUUUCUCUCAUCAACCAUGUGAUUUUCCUCGUCAGGGACUUGCUCUGCUUAUACAUCCUGUCUGCCUAUUAUCUUCUCUGGGAGUGCCUACUGCGGAUAAAAAGCCAACUAUCGCCGCAAGAGGAAAUUUCAUACCGCUCCAUGCUAAACAAAACGGUUGUGGUGACAGGAGGAUCAGGCGGAAUAGGGCACGAGACAAUACGAGCGCUUUUAUCUCUUGGUGCUCGAGUUAUUGAUGGAAGUCCAGAUACAAACUUCAAGGAAGAACGAAGGCGUUCACUUUUGGAAGGACAACCAACAGCACAAGUGGAGCUCCUGCAUCUUGACUUGAGCUCAAUGGCUUCUGUGAAGUUAUUUGUCGAAAAGAUACUGAGAAGCGAAAGCAAAGUGGAUGCCCUUAUUUGCAACGCUGGCGUGAUGCUAAUGCCAUACUUGGAAACUGAGGACGGCUUUGAAUUGCACGUGAGCAUUAACUACCUAGGCCACUGCCUUCUCACCGCCUUAUUGCUACCUCUGCUGAUUGCUGCCAGUAGCAAAGGACAAGCCGCGAGGAUUGUUAAUGUAUCGUCAUGCGUCCAUAAAGCUGGCCGCAUGGACAUCGAUGAUCUCAACAGCAGAAAAUCAUACUCUUGUUACAACGGUUACGCUCAGUCAAAGCUGGCACAGGUGCUGUUCACAAAAGCGCUUGGAAGGCACUUAAAAGCCAAGGGUGUUCCUGUGACCGUCAACUGCAUCCACCCGGGAAUUGUGAACACCCAGCUCUAUCAGAGGGUAUGGUGGGCACCUCUAGUUGCUGGCCUUUUCUUCAGGACACCAGAAGAAUGUGUUAGGACAGUGCUUCACGCAACUCUUUCGAGCGAGCUUGAAGGCAUCAGUGGCCACUAUCUGGAGGAAUGCGCACUGGCUCAGUCACUAUCCCUGUGUGAUGACCACUCUGUCCAAGAGAGACUUUGGAACAAGACGUGGAUGCUGCUUAGGCCAUGGCUAAACGACCGCACUCAUGCAUUGGACAUCCUGCUAGCGUCUUGAAAUAGCCCAUUCACUAAAACUUGGAGAAAUAGGGUACCAGGCCACGUUCGGGCACGAUAAAUUGCAGGCCAAGACCUCGCUGAUCAAAAAUGACCAAAUCGCUUGAGCGUGAGAAAAGAAUACAAUUUAUUUCUCUGU